GUUUUCACUUUUCCUUUUUGGUCAUUGCAUCGGCGCUCACUAUGUGGGCAUGAGCGCAACAAUUUUAUUUCCUCUGUGAUCUUUGAUGCAGCUAGUUCGUUCACAAUAGCCAUGCGCCGUCUUAUUCACACAGUGCUCGUCGGGGCAUUGGUGCUCGUGGCCGCUUUCGGACAGGCUGAAACACGUGAAAGUCUCGAGCAGCAGCAGCAGCAGCAAUCUAGUACGUCUAACGACCAAUUACAGCCAGAUAGCAACGAGAAAUUCAAAACGGCUAAUUCGGCCGAGCUUCACGAAAAGGCCAUCGACACGCUCAUUUUGACGACAACCGAGGGCUUGUCGAUUUCGUCAGAAACGUCGGUCGAAAAGGAUUCACCUAAAACGAGUGAAAGAGUCAACGUGACGGCCAACGCCGAGGAACCGGACGACGUCUCCUUGGAAAUGGGUUCACUGGAUGGCAAGACAAAAGUGAUUGUUCCAGUUAGUAAGGAGACCGUUACAGUUGAGGCAAUUGCAGCGCAGCAGGCCGUCAAUGAAACGGCGUCCAGUGAUGAAGUGGAGACGACGACGACGACCCAGCAGGUGACAAUCGCCAAUCGGAACCCAAUCGCCAAUCGACUGCUGCAAAAUCGGUUGACUCGUUUGAGAACGACGACCGUCCGCAAUGUUGUUUCAACCUCGAAAGAUUCGGACGAAGAAAGCGAUUCGACCGGGAGAACAACAACUCGACCGGCGAAAAUUGCUGGCGUUCAGGCCCAGCAAAGCGAUUCGGGCAAACGUGUUUUCGGUAGAAUCCGAACGACGACAGUCAAAAGUCCGACGACAACAACCGCGCAAGAUUCCAAAGAAGAUGUUGUUGUCGCAACAACCAAGACCGUUCGCAAUUCCCCGUCCGACAACCGGUUCAGCCGCGUUCGUGCAACAACAGCAAAGACAACAACCGUUCGUGCAACAACAGCCAGGGCUAGCGAGUCUUCCGAACGAGAAGAUACGAUAAGUACAGCCCGGCCGACGACCGUCCGGAGUUCGCUAGUUAAUCGCUUCAGUCGGCUGAGAGCGACAACAACAACAGCCGCAACCACAAUUUUGAAAGACUCUGGCGAACAAGUGGAGAUUGUUACCCCGUCGCCGUCCACGACGACGCCUCGCAGUUUGCCCAGGAAUCGAUUCAACAGCUUCCGAGGUACGACGACGAGCAAACCCGUUGCGAGGGACUCUGACGAGCAAACGGAAAAAGUGAACGCCAUCCAGACGACGACGACGACGGCCCGCAAUUUCGUUCCGGGCAAUCGAUUCGCCCGUUUGCGGACGACAACAAUCGGCAGCACUUCAACUUCAAUUAAAACAAUCGCAAAUUCGGAUGAAGAAAUUGAGGUGACGACGAUGACGCCCAGGAGUUUGAGGCCGGCCAACCGAUUUAGCGGUCGGGUUCGAUCGACGACGACAGCUCGUACAACAACCGUCGCGAAGGAUUCGGAUGAAGUUGUUGAUUCCGGAAUUGUUUCGACGACGACAGUCCGGAGUUUAACAAGAGGAAACCGAUUCCGCUUUAGCGGCUUGAAACCUACAACCACUCCAACAACAACAACAACUCAAGUUUCGAAAAGUUCAGACGAACAAGACGAUCCAGUGAGCGGAAUCCAAACUACAACCGUUCGCAAUUCAAAUUUGAGAAACAAAUUCAUCCGGACGAAACCGGUUCGUGUCACAACCACCACAACGCCAAAAGAUUCCAGUGCAGAGGACGUGGACGAUAAAAACGGGACUCUUAAAUUGAAUUCGACAUCGGCGAGUAACCACACCCAAGUGACGACAAUCUCCGCUCUAUUAAUACCCAGCGACUCGGGCGAAGACGAUAAAUUCGUUAACGGAACGCUGCUGAUAACGACGACGGCGCGUAAUUUGGAUUCGGACGAGAAAAUCGACUCGGUUAUCAACAACAACGCCACUCAAGCGCCAGCCACCACAACUGGUUCUUCGAUUUUUCUGAAAUAUUUCAACCGCUACCGGACGACCAAGGCCAGCCAAGAUCAUUCCGGCAGCUCCGAUGAAGAAGGAGUCGAUCGAAUCAUCAACGAAACAAGUCCGACACCGCGUCCAAACGGUUUGAAUCGCCUCCACACGGCCGCAGCGUCGAUUCCUCCGGUGACUAACCUCACAGCCCCGGCCAGCCAGUCCUCGGAGACCUCCAACUUGGGCCGCAAAGACCGGGCGAUUAUUUACAGCUCAGCCAAAUCAGAUAAUCAACUGAUGACGUCGACCGUUUCAACCGCCCAGGUGGAAAUUCCUUCGACGACCUCGGCAGCAACAACAACAACAACAACGACCACAACAACAAACGGAUUUUACGCUUUUGGGAGUUCAGAUGAAAUGGACGAUACCUCCGAGGAUGAUGAUGAUGACGCAAGUCGCGCACCUUAUUUCGACCCCUAUUACGGCGUCCCGCUGAGAGAAACUCCGGCAGGUGUUCCCCCAUCGCCGCUGGAGGAAAAUUCACUGGAAGUCGACGACGUUUCUUCGGAAUUGGAAUUCAACAUCACUGCCAAGCCCGAUGACCACAGCUCCGAGGUGGCCAUGGCCGAGAUGGUUCCAACCAAGGUGAGUGACGUCCAGCAUGCUGUUUACCUGCACCCCAACAUGAACGACGACGACGUCUCCGUGGAGGUGAUUUUCAGCGUUGCCAGCAACCAGCCGUACCAGCAGGAUGUCCGAAAUCAAACGGGAAUGGCUCAGCAUGGCGUCCAUUUCGUUCCAGCAGAGUCCGAUGAGGGCAAUGAGGGCUCGGUUGAAGAGAAAGAAGGCUCGGGAGAUGUCCUAGAAGAGAAUAAUACCAACGGUCAAAACAGCACAACAACAGCCAUCCAGCAAGAGACUAAUCCGGUGAAGGACUCGGAUGAGGGCAAUGAAGCCUCAAUGGAGAAGGGAACAAAUGGCCAAGUGCCAGAGGAGAACAACAUGAGUGAAAGUAACACAACAAUGAAAGUUGAUGAGACCCCCCAGAAUUCGGAUGAAAACGACGAUAACUCUUCGCUGGAAAUCGACCUGAGCAAACUGACGGAUAUCCAGCGCAUUUUGACAGACAUCAAAACGGAAGAAGUGAUUUUAUCGCCGAGGGUUUCACCGGUAACUGUAACCGAGACGCCACAAUUUUUCACGGAUGCAAAACCCGUCGAAUUAAUUUUGGAAACUGAAAAUCUAACGACGACAAUCCCCCCAGUCCCAGUCACGGAGGCGAGAAGUCAAAACGAUAGUCUGAGUAGACAACCCGUCAGUAGCGAUGAAGUGACCAUGAAGCUGAAGGAACUUCUCGCCAAUCCGGUGGUCCAGCUGCGACUUGAAGCCAUCGACGGGCGUUUGAAGAGCACGAAAAGCGCCCGAGUCAAGCGUCUCAUCGAGAAAUACUUGGCAGCUCUGGCCAAGUUAUCCACCAGCGGCACCAGCGCAUCCGUCAGCAGCUUCUCCAUCUUCAUCCCAUUAUUAAUCACCUGCUUUCUGUUUGGGUUUUCGUGAACGUGAACACCUUCCUUUAUUGUGUCGAGCAACUAAUAUGCUCCCUGUAUAUUGCUGUCCAGUUUGAUCAUCAUUUUGUGUCCAACCCAUCAAAAGAUAAUCGUCGUAUCCGCAAAAACAUUUUGCUCAACAUCUCUCUCUAUUUUUAGCUAUUAUAAAAACGGUGUACCUUUAUCGGUCAGUGUAACCACCCACGCAAUCCCGCACCACACCCAUUGUUUCUCUCCCUCUCUCUAUAUUAUAACAGAAUUGCAUUCUCUUUCCUAUAUCCCCCCUCACGAAAGAAAAAGUGGAAAAAUACAGAUACGACAAUUCGCGCAUUUCGUCGAGGUUCAUUGACGAGUAAAAGCUCUCCACUAUACAUCCUUUCUCGUGUGACGAUCGGCUUUGUCAAGUCAUCAGCAGCGACAAUAGGUGUACGUGUGUACUGAUUUUCCCAAAUUGGUUUUCGAAAGUCAUUGCCGGCAGCGUAGUCGUUGGAAAGAAGAGAAUGUCUACUUGGCUAUGCGUGGACAAAUUUCUGUUUUUUGUUUUUCGUAUAAGGCAACGCCCAUCUAAAAAAGGAUGCGGUGUGUUUGCGAGAGAGCCAUUGUUUAAUAUCCACCCGGUAUCACGUUUAAAAGCUAUUGCGUGCAGCUUUUGAAUUUGGCCAUAGGGGAAUGUCUGUUUGAAAACAUCAGUUGUAUAACCAUAUUUUUCGUGAAGAAUAAUAAAAAAAGGUAAAAAGGCGCGGUGGUGUUGACUAAAAUAAUUUUCUUUUACGAUUUCCUCGCCCAGAAAAAUGGCAUUCUAAUGCGCCAUUAUAUACACAUCUAGCCGCGUUCUUUUAACAAGGUCUUUCUUGCUCUCGGAUGACGUACGUACGUACGUAACCUGUUUGAAAUUGUUUUAUUUUUUUGCCACGCAAUCCCCCGGUUGUCCUUGUUCGUUGGCUGUAAGCCUUUUUGACGUGUGAUGUGAGCAGACAGUGUGUUGCGCCCAGACUAAUGUGCACACCCCGAUUGUACCAAGGCCGACCGCUUUGAUUCGAAUUGAAUCCCUUUCACUUCCUCUUUCGCCGCGAUUGAUUAGAUGCGCUGUUGUUUACUUUUUUCCAUCGAAUUCUGAAAAUUCUAUUCUGAUCUAGAAAGGGGUGAUGCAACGAUAUGGUUCAGUCCGUUCACCGAGCUAACAUUUUUCGUUUACACUGGCGCAAUUCAAAUACCUGUCCGUAGGCGUGCCGGUAUAGAAUUUGGUUGCACAAACCCGGUUGUCUCUUUGGAUUUUCCAUAGCAAGGUUAUGAUGAAUCUCAAGAAGGAACUUUUUCUUUUUCGAAAAUAAAAAAAAAUGUUGAAUUUGAUUCAAAAGUUGGGCAAGAGCAGAAAAUAAUGACCUUGCAGGAAAGAUAUCCGUGGACCCCCCUCACUCUGUGUUUUAAUAUAGCCAGCGAAGGUUUUCCUGUUUUCUUUGCAGCUAAAUUGGCGCAUCAACAUUAUGUACGUGUACUACUACUAUAAGUCCGUCCGCCAGCAACCCAAGGAUCUUAUUUCAUCCGUGUUACUUCACCAGCUAGUUCGUUCCAUCAUGCGCCUCCAGUUUGACUUUAUGCUCCUCGGAGCAUUGGUGAUUGUGACCAUUUUGGAUGCGGCUGAUUCGUUCGUCACCAACGCCAAUUCGGCCGGGGAAGAUUCGCAACCACUGAUGACCGGAGAUUCAAACUUCGCCUACGCUGGAGCCGGAGUGGAAAAUGUCUAUUACCCACAGACGACCGGUGAUCAAAUUGUGAGCGAAUCUGCCAGCGCCGACAUGGGGACGACGUCAGUUUGGCCCGGAGAAGGAGCCAAUCAGUGGAAGACGACCGAUCAGGCUACAGGGAAUCCUAGCCAUCAACAGGUCGGCUUCUUCGAUGUGAUAAGAUCUCUGACAAACAUAUUUACUGGAUUAGUUGGACGAGCAAGCACACCCGAAACGCCAACGCCCAUCGACAGAGGAUAUUAUUACCAGCAUUCGGAAGAGGACACUACGGAUGAAGACUUUUACGAUGACAGAGUGAUGGCUCCCGUCACUGAUGUUCCCAUCGCUGUUCGGCUGGCGCGAGUGAAGCAAUUAGUUAACACUCGAUUGGCUCCUCGAUCGAAUCCAAACAUUUACGACGGCUAUCCUCAAUACCCGCCCGCCGUCAUGGAGGACCCGAGGCAAGCGCCCGCAUCUGCCCACCAAGAUGUUAUUCUAACGCCAGGCGAACAAGUUUCCGAAAGUUUUGGCUGCAACAGUAGAAUAUGCCUGUGGAAAAAGUGAAUGUUAUUUUUUUGCUUGCCGGAUAAUCAGUGUCAUAUGGAGCCGAAUGCUGAACACCAAGUAUAAAAUAGAAUAAAAUGAAAUUAUUCUACAAGAUAUCUUGACGACGGUUGGAAACGCAAAAUCGUAUCAUUGGGAAGAAUCAAAAUUAACUUUAUAUGUUUAAUUUCCAUACUUACAUUCAAUUACAUUUU